AUGGGAGAAAGUCUACUGCAAGGCUUCCCUGAAGCCGCACCUUCCAAGCCAUCUGAGGAAUUGCAGUAUGCAGAUGUCGCAGUAACAGCCACAGCGAAAGAAUUCGCAGGAAUCUACCGCAACAAGCAAUAUCACCCUCCAGACUUUAGUUCCGUACUCUCGCGCGCCGACUCUUCUGGUGUCCGAAAAGUGAUGUUGACAGGAAUGUCAAGCUCAGACAUCAGUUUCAAUGCCGAGAUUGCGCGGUCAAAGCCUUCGAAUUGUAGUAUCACAAUUGGAGUACAUCCCUAUCAUGCCAGCGAGCCCUACGCAAAUGGCAGCGAUGGAAAAGACUAUUACGACGCAAUGGCAAUGCAAAUCAAUGACUCCAAAGUAUCUGAAGCAGGACUGGUGACUGCAUAUGGAGAAUUGGGACUAGAUUACGAUCACCUCGAGCUAGCAGACAAGGAAACACAAUUACGGUGUUUCAAAGACCAACUCAAUCUCUUCAUAACGCAGAAGUGGGAUCUACCGCUGUUCCUACAUUGUCGAGCUGCCUCUGAUGACUUUACGUCUGUGAUGGAAGAGUACAUAUCUCAACUGCCCAGAGGAGGAUUGGUCCACUCCUUCGUAGGCACAACAGCACAAAUGCAAAAACUCGUGUCCAUGGGUCUAGAGGUCAGCGUCAAUGGGUUCAGCUUCAAAGACCGCGAGUCGCUAGAGAUGGUUGCGGCGAUUCCUCUGGACAAACUACAACUCGAGACCGACGCGCCCUGGGGCAUCAUUCAACCUAGUUCAGAAAUUGCAAAGAGGUAUCUGGUCAAUGCACCAACGUUGCCAGCAAGUAAAAAGAAGGAUAAAUUUGUGAUGGGCAGUAUGGUUAAGGAGAGGAAUGAGAGUUGUAGUAUGAGUCAUGUUGCAUUUAUCGUUGCUGGAUUGAAGGGAAUCAGUGUUGAGGAAGUGGCAAAGGCAGCUUGGGAGAACAGCAUAAGGAUGUUCUGGGAGAGAGUAUGA